CACGGUGGAGGACUGUGUUUGUGUAGGUAAACAAUGAGCCUGGUAGUUUUUUUUCUCGUAUAAUUAGAAUCACAUGUCAUCCAGUUUGCGUCAAGUUUGCAGCAAACUGUCUCAAAUGAAGACUCUAGUUGUUGGAGUUGGUGGGAUCACCAAUGGAGGAAAAUCUACCCUGGCUAAAUUUCUUCACCAGAAAAUACACAACAGCUGCAUUAUUGCUCAAGAUUCCUAUUUUAAGGAUGACCGUUUGGUACCAGUGGACAGAAAUGGCUUCAAGCAAUAUGACACGCUUGAUGCUCUUCAUAUGGACAAGAUGAUGAUAGAGGUUUACUCCUGGAGAAGAGAUCCCCAUUCUUUCCUGAAGAAGCGGGGUCUGAUACCCAUUGAUUCAUCAGUUGAUGAUGAAGUUUAUGUUUUGAUUGUGGAGGGUUUCCUGAUUUUCAACUACAGGCCUUUAAAUGAGCUGUUUGACAAGAGAUAUUUUUUGGAAAUUCCUUAUGAGGCUUGUAAGAAGAGACGAAGUUCCAGGGUAUAUUCUCCUCCAGAUCCCCCAGGUUACUUUGAUGGAUAUGUGUGGCCAAUGUACCUCAGAAACCGCAGAGAGAUGGAGGAAAUCACCUCAGAAAUUGUUUAUCUGGAUGGUUUGAAACCAAAGGAAGAGGUGUUAGGUGUUGUUUAUGAAGACAUUUGUCAAGCCAGAAACAGACUGCAGGGGCAAAACUGAGUGGAUGGACCAUUUUCAAUUGUUUCUGGAGGCUCUGCUGAC